CUAGAAUGUGAAGACAGCCAACUACAGCAACCUACAGCAAAAAUGAAUCUGUGCUCGUCUGAUGACUCAGAUCAUAUGACUUUGACGUAUUCCAAAGUUGAUCUGGACCAUGAUCCUCCGGUAGGCUACCCCGAUUUUCUGCUCAUGUCAAUUUUGGUUAGUUUGAAGUGAAGCAGUUAGUUUCUUCAUCACGCAUUUACCUUUUCUAAUCGGAUAUACAAAACCUCCAUACCUGAAAACAGAAGCUUCCAUGGGAACAUUUGUAGGACACUUGGUACCGGGCCUGGCACUCACCCUUCUUGGCCUAUGGCACACCAUCAACAAUAUCAGAGCUUAUUGUCUCAAAGGCUCUUCGAAAUUUUCAGUAAGGUUUUGGUACCCAUUCAAUGGCCCUCUUUCUAGAUUCAGAAAUUUGGAGCUUAUUUUUAUCUUAUCUUUUUCCCUGGUUGCAAUUUUUAUGCAAGUUUUAGACCUCCCUUUUCUUCACUUUCCUUUUGAACUUGAUAGCUUCGAGCAUGCAAGCAUAUUUCUCCAUCUUGCCAUAUUUGCAGGUUUCACUCUUUCUGCUGAAUUAACUCAAUCCUCUGAGAUUCUAUCUGCUGUUCCGGGAAUUCUUGUGACCUUUGUUCUUGGUCAGGAGCUUUUCUUGCUCCAUUUCCACUCAGCUGAUCAUGUUGGACUAGAAGGUCAUUACCACUGGCUCUUGCAGCUCAUAGUAUUUGUCUCUCUCCUGGCUGCUUUAGCAGCAAUAUUUCUACCAACUAGUUUUUCUACGGUUCUUGUUCUUUCCAUUUCUGUUGUAUUCCAAGGUUGUUGGUUUAUGAACAUGGGAUUUAUGCUAUGGACUCCCCAGUUUGUUCCACGAGGAUGUGUUAUGCAGUUGGCUGAAAGCAGCAGUGACAGCAUGCAUGGAGCAGUGACCUGUAGCUCACAGGAAGCAGAUGUGAGGGCAAGAGCAUUGGCCAACUUGCAAUUUAGUUGGAUACUCUCUGGAAUUUUGAUAUUUACAGGAUUCACCUGCCUGAAAUUUGCUGGAAAAUGCACCCCAAGGGCACAAUCAACUGAAUAUGAGCAACUUCACAUCAAAGGCAGCGAUGUCCCUGUAACUAUUGAUAGCUUCAAGCGAACUAAUCCUUAGGUGUUACUUUUUAUAAGUAUGUAAUCCGCCAACAAAGAAAUUGGAUCACAAUGGCUGAUCUUGAACUUCUACACUUGUGAUUAAAUAUAAGAUGUUCUGUUCUAAAUAUUUGCAGCAUGU